GAUCUAAUAAGGAGAGACAUCCUGUACUACAAAGGGCGCAUCGACAUGGAUCGGUAUGAGGUCUUGGAUAUCGAAGACGGGCGGGACGAUGACUUCAAUGUCAGCAUGAAGAACGCGUUCAAACUUCACAACAAGGAGACGGAAGAAAUGCACUUAUUUUUUGCCAAGAAGCUGGAGGAGAAGCUGCGGUGGCUGAGGGCUUUCCGGGAGGAGAGGAAGAUGGUACAAGAAGAUGAAAAAAUAGGCUUUGAAAUUUCCGAAAACCAGAAACGACAGGCCGCAAUGACUGUAAGGAAAGUCAGUAAGCAAAAAGGUGUCGGCUAUUCUCGGUCCGUUCCUCCAGCCUACCCACCACCCCAGGACCCACUGAAUCAGGGACAAUACAUGGUGACAGAUGGCAUAGCGCAACCCCAGGUCUACGAAUUCACCGAACCCAAACGCAGCCAGUCACCAUUCUGGCAAAACUUCAGCAGGUUAACGCCAUUCAAAAAAUAAUAUAUAGC